GGCCCCACAACCUGGUUUCUUGUGGGCUAUCUGCUACAGCUGGGGGGACCAGAUGCAUCUUUCUUUGACAGUAUGCUGCGUUGGGCUCCUAAAGUUUGUGGAAGUCGGUGGGUUCACAACAUGUACGAUUUCUGCCCCGUGUUCUGCAUCCAUCCACAUUUUUCUCUGAGAACACUGGUCCAGUACAUUCACAAGAUGAGUGGAUUUAUGGAGCGGAGAAUUGAGGAGCACAUCAACUUUGAUAAGACCCAGUAUGUGCCGGAGAGUUUAUGCCGUGACCUGGGAACACCUUGAGAUCCUGGAGGAGCUGGAGAGUGCUGCUGGGAAGAAGGAUGGUCUGAGUUUCCGUCCUGAAGCCAACUACAGAUAAGAGUAGGUGGAGCGCACUGCAGAAACACACACGUUCCGGUUUGUGUGUGUGUGUAACCAGGCUGUUUGAUACCCUAUCCUCCACAUGAAUCGGCUGUAUACACUGAGUGACUCACAGAUGAGGAUGAUGUAACUCUACAAAGAAAAAAAAUUGCUGGAAAAACAGGAACUGCAAACUUAAGGGAAUUUCAGAAAAAUGCCUCCAAAGAAGAAAAACAGCUCCAUAAUUGAAGCAGAAAAUGUUGGGAUAGAGGUGGAUGCAGAGUUUGACACUGGCAGUGAAGAUGAAGCUAGGAAGAGAAGCAGAAAUAGAAAAACCAAAGUGCAACGCAAAGUCAAACAAGUCAGUGAUGAUGAGGAGGAUGAUGAAGAGGAUGAGGAAAAAACACCCCCAAAACGCAGAGGACAAAGGAGGAGGACCAAGCCYCAGGACAGYGAUGAAGAUGAUGAAGGAGACAAAAAAAGAGUGACGAGCAAAACAUCAAGAGCUGCCAGGAGGAAAGGUGGGAAGUCUUCCCGAAAGGAGGAAAGUGAGGAGGAGGAGGAUGAAGAAGAAGACGAAAGAGAGAGCAAGAAAAAAAGAGGAAAAGCUGCAUCUAAAAAGGAGAAAGAGGAGCAGAAUAAUGAGAAGAAGGGAAAAGCUGGCAGAAAAGAUGAAGAUAAGAAGGACAAGAAGAAGAAUUCAAAGAGCAGCUCUUUUGUGCCUUCUGAUGACGAUGAUGAUGAUGAUGACGACAAUGACGACGAUGAUGAUGAUGAAGAAUCAAUGUCGGAGGGAGAGCUUGCUGCUCUGAAGGAGCAGGUGGAGGAGAAGAAGAAACUAAUUGCCACCAUAAGAAACAAACCCUGGCGCAUGAAGAAGAGACUCCUGGUGCUCAAGGAGGCCCAGGAGUUUAUUGAAAGGUUUGAAGGAGCUCUUGGAAAAGGAAAAGGCCGAAGGCUCUAUGCAUUCAAAGUCAUGAUGACUAAGAAACUCAUCAAGUUUAAUCGGGACUUUGAGAACUUCAAAACAGCCUGUAUACCCUGGGAGAGGAAGAUCAAGGAAGUAGAAAGUCACUUUGGAUCAUCUGUGGCRUCCUAUUUUCUUUUCCUGAGGUGGAUGUAUGGUCUGAAUCUGAUCCUCUUUGGGUUCAUGUUUGGUCUCGUGGUGCUGCCAGAGGUUCUCAUGGGUCUUCCUUAUGGUUCCAUUCCCAGGAAAACUGUCCCCAGAGAAGAACAGAGCACAGCCAUGGACUACUCGGUGCUCUCUGACUUUAGUGGUUACUGCAAGUAUUCCAUUUUGUUCUAUGGAUUCUACAACAAUGAAAAGACAAUCGGGGUGCUGAAGUUCAGACUCCCCCUGUCAUACCUGCUCACCAGUGUUGGAAUAUUUGGAUACAGCUUGCUGACGGUCAUCAGGACGAUGGCUCGAAAUGCGAAUGAGGGAGGAGACGGGGGAGAUGAGAGUGAAUUUAACUUCAGUUGGAAAAUGUUCACCAGCUGGGACUACCUGAUAGGAAACCCUGAGACUGCAGACAACAAAUACGCCUCCAUCACCACCAGCUUCAAGGAAUCUAUUGUGGACGAACAAGAAAACCAGAAAGAUGAGAAUAUCCAUCUCAGACGUUUCCUCAGGAUUACUGCAAACUUGCUGAUCCUUUGCUGCCUCGGUGGCAGUGGCUAUCUCAUCUACUAUGUGGUGAAGGAGUCUCAGGACUUUGCUAAACGGGAUCCACAAACACUCACCUGGUUUCAAAGCAAUGAGGUGGAGUUUGUCAUGUCUCUGCUGGGACUUGUGUGUCCUCCUCUGUUUGAGGCCAUCGCAGAGCUGGAGGAUUAUCAUCCUCGUAUUGCCCUGAAGUGGCAGCUGUUACGAAUAUUUGCCCUCUUCCUUGGAAAUCUGUACACCUUUCUGUUUGCCCUCUUUGAUGAGGUCAAUCAAAAGCUGGAGGAAGAAAAAUCAAUAAAGAACGCCACAGAGUGGACUUUCAAUCAGUACUAUGCCAACUACAGCUCCUUCUACAACACGACAGCUGUGCCUCCUCUAAUUUUGAACCCAGCUGAUGUAAUCAGAGGACCCUGCUGGGAGACUGCAGUCGGGCGAGAGUUUGUGAAGUUAACUGUGUCAGAUGUCCAAGUGACAUAUUUGACUAUUCUAGUCGGUGACUUUGCCCGAGCUGUUAUUGUUCGCUUUCUCAACUACUGCUGGUGCUGGGACCUGGAGGCUGGUUUUCCUUCCUAUGCAGAAUUUGACAUCAGUGGAAAUGUAUUGGGUCUCAUCUUCAACCAAGGAAUGAUCUGGAUGGGAGCCUUUUAUGCUCCAGGUCUGGUGGGUAUUAACGUACUGCGUCUCCUGAGCUCCAUGUACUUUCAGUGCUGGGCAGUGAUGGCCUGUAACGUCCCUCAUGAGAGAGUUUUCAAGGCCUCGCGGUCUAAUAACUUCUACAUGGGCCUGCUGCUGCUUAUCCUGUUCCUCAGUGUGUUUCCUGUCAUCUACAGCAUGAUGACCUUGUCCCCGUCCUUUGACUGUGGACCAUUCAGUGGCAAAGAAAAGAUGUAUGAUGUGGUUAUAGAGGCAAUAGAUCAGGAUCUACCAGCUUUCAUGGGGACUAUUUUGUCGUAUGCGAGCAACCCUGGACUCAUCAUGUCUGCAGUCCUCCUCAUGAUCUUGGCCAUAUAUUAUCUGAACACCGUGUCAAAGGGAUAUCAACAAGCAAACAAUGACCUUAAAAAGAAGAUGCAAAUGGCACGAGACGAUGAGAAAAACCGCAGAAACAAUAAAGACAGCACUAAUCAAGUGAUGAAGGACUUGGAGGAGCUGAUGCCAGACAAAUCUCUUAUGCCACCUCCUGCUAAGGAGGAACCACCUCCCGAGGUCGUAACAGAAAAGAGCAGCAAGUCGACCAAAACAAAGCCAGGUACAGCAGGGAAAGGUGUUAAUGUGCAGAAGGAGGUGUCACUGGCUGCCCCAAACCCCAGAAGACCUGUGACCCAGGCCCCGGGGCCAAGAGGGGGGCCUCCUGUAAACACCAGGGGGCCUCAAGCUGGGCCUGGCAGAGGCAGAGGUCAGGGUCCAUCUCCAAGAAGAUAAACUGAACACCUCAAUGCAAGUAACUACUGCACAACUAAAAAAGGAGGAGGCUUCACUGAAUUAUUUAAAAUUUUACUUUUAGGUGGAAUUUAUAAGUUGUGAAUGUUUAGAUUUGUAAAUAAAAUAAAUACAUUUAAUUCAGCUAAAGAAGUUCACAGAAAAGCUUUUGUUAAAAAUAUUAAAUUGUGAAAGUUUAUACAUAGAUCAAAGGCAUCUGUUUGUGAAACCUUUAGUUGCUCUUUGAAUCCAGUAAACAAAAUCAAGUAACAGUUUAUCAUGUUCAAUAAUUAAAUUGAUACAAUAAUUUGAAACUGUUGCACAUAUAUCUGAGUGCCUGGAAAAACGCACACAAACAGAAGACAUUUGGUCCAUUGUCAUCUUCAUCACUUUGACUGAUCCGUCUUUGAGAACCUGAGAGGCACCAGCAGAAUGCCAAGAGGAGAAAAACAAGGUGAGAUGUGUUUACAUUGCUAAAAAAAAUGUUUAAAAGCCUGUUUAUGAAACAAAAAAAAUAGAGCAAUAUCUUUGAGAUUUUUUGAGCCCAUGUAUUUGUGUUUUUUUAAUGGAGGAAGUGGUGAAAAUUAGCUUUUUAACUGCAACAAAUCUGUUUUUCUGUUACAAUACGUUUUGAUCUGCUAACAGGAGACAACUUUUAAACACUUGAGCAUUCAUCAGUGAUUCAUGUGAUAAUGUUCUGACAAAUAAUGUCAACAAAUCAGAAAUAAAUUCUGUAAGAUGAUUUUACUCUUGUCACAUGAAGCACAUGUUUAAAGUAAAAAAAAAUCAUGCA